AUGGCUUGUAUUACGUUGAUUUACAAUGGAGCUAUGAUGUUAUAUUGUAUUUUAGAUGGAGCUAUGAUGUUAUAUUGUAUUGUAGAAGGAGCUAUGAUGUUAUAUUGUAUUGUAGAAGUAGCAAUGAUGUUAUAUUGUAUUUUAGAAGAAGCUAUUAUGUUAAAUUGUAUUGUAGAAGUAGCUAUGAUGUUAUAUUGUAUUUUAGAAGAAGCUAUUAUGUUAAAUUGUAUUGUAGAAGGAGCUAUGAUGUUAUAUUGUAUUAUAGAUGGAGCUAUGAUGUUAAAUUGUAUUGUAGAAGGAACUAUGAUGUUAAAUCGUAUUGUAGAAGAAGCUAUUGUGUUAUAG